AGAGUGUUUUAUAAACAAUCAAUACCUGCGAACGAACUCAGUAAAUCCUGACUUUAAACUUAACAUUUCUUUCAACUUUUCGGCUUCUUUUUCUACUUUUGGUAUUAUGUUUACGUAGAAAAGCAUAGUAAAUGGCGACCAAGAUGCUUAGGGUACUUUAUUUUGCCCUUUUGGUGUUGUUCGUGUCCAUAACAAGCAAAAAAUUAUCGAAACGAAUGGUCGAUGAAGAUGAAACGGCCACAAAUGAAGAUACGUCGCGAGUUAAAAAGAUGAUAGCACCAGGCUACUACACACAGGAGUGUAACUCACAGAAGAAGUGUGAGAAGGGAAAAUAUUGUCAUAUGUUUUUAUGUGUGGAUUGUCUCAAAGAAAACGUUGCGUGCACCCAAAAUGGUCAGUGCUGUGUCGACCAAGGAUUGUUCUGUGUUUACGGAAGAUGCAAGGCUGGUGCAUCGAAAGGCGCCGCAGGAACAUUUUGUGAUCGACAGAGUGACUGUAAAGAACCAGAGACGUGCUGUGUGCGGGAACCUGCCAUUAACCCUGCGAUCUCUGUAUGUAAACCAGCACUGGAUGAACAUCAAACAUGCGGACCCUAUAAUCAAUACAGAGCGGUAUACAUUGGAGGAACCGUGCAGGCUGCAUGUGGGCCAUGUAAAUCGGAUUUGACCUGCAAGCAAGUCGGUAUCUUUGGUGUGCAUCAGAUAUGUUUGCCUGCCAAACCAGCUGGAAAAUAGAGAUUUCGAAGGAAAAGUAAUAAGUGGGAAUAAAGAAUGCGCAAUAAUCUUGAAAAACGGCGAUGGUUUCAUCACUUCCUCUUCUGUUGCACGGAGGAAUCCCAUUUCCAUACUAAAACCUGGUGUUAACGAACACUUUACUUGAAUUAAACAUUUUGAAAGAUACCAUCAUAUAAAAUGCGAUAAAAUGAAAUUUGUAUCUUUCAAAGAUUCUCAUGGGAUUUAGAAUUACAUACAUAUGCACGUAUAAAAUAAUAAAUAUUUGUUUAUGUAUACUUGUGCAUGGAUUAUAAGUAUAUGUGAAGAAUAAAUGUUGUUUAUAUUACUACGAAUUCCCUUGUAAAUAUACAGAUUUUUCAAUGGAAAACAC